AACAUGGCUGCCGCCGCCGGACGAGGAUCAAAGAUUUGCCUGCCGGUGCAUCUGGCCAUUUUUAUCUGGUAUUUAUUUACUGUGUGGAGUAACUGCUCCCUGCAGACCUCAGACAAACAUCCCGGCGUACGAUCAUACGGAGGUCGAUGGAAAUAUUUGACGUUUAUUAAUCUGGUGAUGCAGACGGUGUUUUUCGGAUUCUGUGUGUUAGUGGAUGUAAUUCACGCCGUUCUGCCUGUUAAAAGGACUCGCAGUGGGACACCUCUGAUCCUCACCAACAUCAGGGACUUUUAUUUCACUGUUCUGGCGUUUCCUGUCGGGAGUUUUGUGUUUGCUUCUUUCUGGACACUAUACACUUAUGACAGAGAGCUGGUGUAUCCAAAAUUCCUAGAUGAGAUCAUUCCCAUCUGGCUCAAUCAUGCACUGCACACCGUAAUCAUGCCCUUACUGCUGGUGCAGAUGUACCUGCAGAAUCACAAAUACAUGCGCACAAAAGGGAUUUUCAGUUUGGCUUUAUUUGCUGCCCUGUAUUUGUCAUGGGUGUUGUGGGUUCACCAUGCUUCGGGGAUCUGGGUGUAUCCCAUCAUGGCUCAUUUGAGUCCCGUGGGAUUGUGUAUUUUUCUUGGAGGCGCAUCGCUCACCAUGGCCCCUCUCUACCUGUUAGGAGAGAAGCUCAACCACAUGAUGUGGAGCACAACAGGGAAUCAGAAGAAGAAGAAAAACUAGUUGAUGACUGGAAUCCACAUUGACCAUGUGACCAUCUCAAUACCAGCCAUACAAAAACCUACAGGGAAAAAUGGGACGGUUUGUAGCAUUACAUAAGAUUAUUAUCUUGAUUGUAUACAAGAGGACCUUAAUUUUUUUGGAAAGUCAGAUCAUAUAUUCAGUACAGUAUGUUUACACUUAAUGUGUAGAUAUUUUAACCAUUGUAUUAUUAUACAUUAUUAUGUCUUUAUGGCACACGUAAUAAUUUGCACCCCCCUAAUUUUCUUUAUUUCCUAUUUUUCUUAAUGUGUUUUUUUUAUUUUUUAAAUGAUUUAUUUUAAUAUAAAUUAAAUUCCAGAUGUUCAGUGGUUACGGGCCAGUUAAUAGAGAGCACUUUCUCCCCUUCAUUAUUAUGACUAUGAAUAUGUGUUGUUUUUUUUUCUCUUUGUGGUUUACUUUUCAAAUGAUUGUUUCUUUGGCGUUUUGUUAUCAUGUUCCCAUUAAUAGCAAAUUAAGAAUAUAUACACAAUUGUUUUGAAUUGCCAUGAUAUUUUAAUGUUUGUGUAUGAAAUUAAUAAUUUUAUUCACCAAGGAUGCUUUUAAUUGACCAAUUAUUACAGUAAAGACAUUUAUCAUUUAAAAAAAUAUAUUUUUAUUUAAAUAAAUGCUGUAAUCUUCAAACUUUCUGUUCUACCAAGAAUCCUCCACUUGCAGCAAUCACACCUCAUUCAUUCCGCAGUCAGUUUAUUAAGAUCUUCAGAUGAAAUGUCCUCUGUGUUCUGGAGCACUUCCCAAAGAUGUCAUUCAUUUGUAAGACACUUUUCUAACAUCAGCCUAACACCUCAAACUUCUUUCAGUUUAAGACAUGUUAGGAGUCUGUUUCUCAAUCUAGAGACUCUGAUGGACUUGUAUAUUUGCUGUUGUCCACUUCUUUCUCUGUCCUGAUCACCGGUAGGUGUCAUCCUCAAUGUGUUUCAGGGCAUCUUUUAUUGAUGUAAUACAAAUGUAUCACACUUGUCAUAGUUCAGGAAUCAGUCCAUUAUUAGCCAGUGGUCUUGUUACUGCACCUGUAGUAACUUUUUUUUAAACAGCAGGCAACAACAUUGAAUUGACCAACAAAACGUUUGACUACAUGCACGUUUCGAUGAAUGCAAUUGGGUUCAAGUGAAAAGUACAAGCAUAGUAAACUUGGGAAGCAAAACAGCACCAUACAACACUGAAAUGGCAAUUAAGCUAUAUUCUGCUCUAUUAAAAGAUGUGAAACACAUAGAAAAGGUUUUAAGGAUUCAUAUAUUGGGUAUACAGUGUGGUGAGUGAAAGGCCUCAAGAUGUUGUCACUGUUAUAAUUCAUGUAAAGUCGUUUCUCUGAUGUAAAUGAAAUGUGUGUUAAACUAAGGCCGGGUAUUCUCAGGGCUUACUGAAGUCUCCAGUGAAGUCCAGCAUCAAACUCUCAGCAGAGCUAGAAAAUCACAUUAAGGGCUUCAUUUAUGAGAUUACCUGAGUUCACACAGGUUACAGUCUGUCAUUCAAGCACCCUUAAACCACCACAUGAAGAUUCUAGAUACAAGCCAUUUCAAGCUUAUGUCUUUGUUUAGAUGUGUAUAAGCAAAAUUACACAGCAUUCAUAAACUACUAACUAAACACACCCUUCAAAAGUUUGGAACCACCAAGACAUUUUUAUUUUCACCAAGGAUGCAUUAAAGUAGUCAAAAAUCCUGCCAAGAACAUUAGCAUGUUGAAAAUUAUUAUUACUGUUUGAAAUAGCCAUUUUAUUAAUAUUUAUUUAAAAAUAAAAAUGUUAACCUUUUUCAGCAGUUAUUAGUCUGGUCUACUAAGAAAAUAUUGUGUCCGCUAAUGUGCUAAUUUGUGAAAAAAAAAAAAUAUAUAUUAUUUUGACAUUUAAAAUGGUUUUGAGAAGGACGUUGGAACAUUUCAAUUCAGUGUGUUUUUUUCAGUUGCUGAAGGAUUCAGUAUGCUUGCAUUUCUUGCAAGUCACUUUACAUUUUAAAGUUAAAUUUUGGGGUGAAUAAUGGCCAAAAAGUAAAACUACAUUCUGAAAAAC